AUGAAUGAGAAAGAUGAUGGGACUAUUCGACGAGAAACUCUCAUGGAUGCGUUUCGGGAGACUAUUGAUGAAUGUGGUUUGAGGGACUUGGGGUAUAAGGGUAAUAUUUUUACUUGGAAACGUGGUCGAACCCCGUAUACUAUGGUUCGUGAGCGAUUGGAUAGGUUCCUUGCUGAUAGUGGGUGGUGCUCGUUAUUCCCGAAUUUUUUUGUUAGACAUCUCCCAAGGGAAGAAUCGGAUCACACUCCCAUUAUCGUGGAUACAAUAAAUUACUAUGAAAGGGGGAUCGGAGGAAGAAAAAAUCAUUCCACUUUGAAGCAAUAUGGUUAUCCUAUGAUGGGUGAAUUAAGAAGAUGGGCAGCGAAGUCUUUUGGUGAUACAAAGAACAAAAUUAGGCUGCUAGAGUCGGAGCUACAAAUUGCACAAGGGGGCAGUGUGGAUGCUUCGAUGAUGAGUAACUGUGAGAAGAUUAUUGCGAGUGAAUUAGUUGAGAUGCGCCGACUACAAGAAUCUUAUUGGUUUGCAAGGUCUCGAGCCAACGAGAUGAGGGACGGUGACAAGAACACAGCUUAUUUCCAUCAUAAAGCUAGUGCUAGAAAAAAGAAAAACACAAUUAAGGGGUUAGUGGAUAGAAAUGGGGAGUGGUGUACUGAUGAGAAUGGGAUACGGGCAAUAGUAGGGAAUUAUUUUACAGAACUUUUCUCUACUAGUAACCCCACGGAGAUGGAGGCAGCACUUGGGGGCUUGGAGAGAUGCGUUUCGGAGGAUAUGAACAAUGUUUUGAAUGUUGAGCCAACCAAAGCAGAGAUCAAAGAUGCUUAA